GGAGAUUUGGAGAGGAAGCUGACAGAGAGAGGAGAAAAAGGUUCGCGAGUUCUGGCUCCUUGGGAGGUGUCGGCGGUGAAGAGAAUUUGUCAUUCCAUUGCUGAAAUCUCUGUUUCCUUGGGCAAGUUUUCAGGCAAUGGGUGUAUUUUCACUUAUUGUUUACUCUGCUUUUAUGUAUGGAAUAUAUGUUCCUGAUUGGCAUUUUACUAUCCAUAACAAGGAUAGUGCUGAUUAUGGGAAGGUAACCUGCAGAGUGAGAGGAAAACUCGAUCCUCCUUGUAAUGCAGUUGGACUAAUAGACAGAUCAGUGUUAGGAAUCAAUCAGAUGUACCAACAUCCUACAUGGAGAAGAUCUAAGGGUCAUUCUAAUAGAUUGAAGGAUUGGGUCAUCAUGGGACUUUUUUUCCUUGUUUUAGGACUCAUUCUACAUUUCACUCAUGCAAUUCCUUUAAAUAAACAACUCUACACUUUUAGCUAUGUUUGUGUCACAUUAGGAACAACAGCACUGGUUUUCACAACAAUCUAUAAUCUGUUUGUCAAGGAUUUGCAUGCUCUUAUUAGCCCAGUUCCUCAAGGAACUCCCCUUCCACUUGUUCUGCUGGGGAAGUCAAAGAAUGCACUAUUAUUGACUUUCUUAUUUCUUAAUCAAAUUGUUUGGCUCGGCAGAACAAGUAUCUAUAAGCUUAGGGAACUUGGGAGGCUUUCAGUAUCAAUGGAAAAGUUGGAAGAGGAGCUAAAGAACGGUGAUAAGUGCCAAGUAUGUUUAACAUAGUUACUAUUUUCUGUGUUUACAGUUGGAUUUUCCUAUUUGAAUUUCCAUAUUAUAUUGUAGUGGAUAAAAAGGGCAGUGAAUGAAUGGUAUUGUUUGAUGAGAAAUUUAUUUUAUAAAGAUUUUUGUGUAUUGUAAAAUGGGUUAGAGUACGAUUUGUUCUCAAUAUAUGAAUAAAAUGAGUUAGGUUUU